AUGGACGCGAUCCUCGAACAAGCCCGCACCAUCUACGAAGGCGAAAUUGACUUCGAAGGCCAACGUCUCGCCGAAUACAUCACCUACGGCCUCCUCUCCGUCGCCGGCGCCAUCGCCUUCCUCGUCGGCUUUGCCACGCAGAACAUCUAUCAGACGCUGUACAUCGGGUUGGGAGGCACGGCUUUGACGUUCUUGAUUGUGGUGCCGCCGUGGCCGUUCUUCAACAAGCAUCCGCAGCCGUUCUUGCCGGCCAGGACGACGAACUCGGCGUUGCAGGGCAUUAGUAUUGAGGUUGAUGGGAAGAAAGUGAGCUGA